AUGAUUUGCGACUCUGGCCCGGCAAGAUUUACUACUGCUCUACUUGGCGCGUUCUUCAUUACUAGCGCUACCUUUGUGCCAUUUAUUGUAAAGAGCACAGUUGCAAGCCCGCUUGCAGUACCGCAACCAAAUCCUCAUGCAGGGCCGGAACCUCGUCCUCUGCCAAAUCUACAGGCAGGCCCUCCACUAGUAGAUGGACUUUACCCAGACCCCGAACCAUGUCGGGGAAACUGUUCGUGGAUCCACGACCCCAGCAUUUGGUAUGAAGAUGGAACUUAUUGGCGGUUUUCAACUAGCGGCAACAUUGCCGUUGCUACUGCACCCUCGCUCGGGGGACCAUGGCGCUACGAAGGUGCGUUGUUGUACAACGGCACUAGUAUAUAUGUGGCUGAUGGACAGGAUAUCUGGGCACCCUCGGUGACCAAGAGAGGUGACACGUUUUACUGUCACUACUCAGUUUCUAGAUUUGGACUUCACAACUCAUUGAUUGGAGUGGCUACCUCAAGCUCGCUCGAACCAGGUAGCUGGCAAGAUCACGGCAAUAUCGGCCUCCCUCUAUCGCACAAGUACAACCUAAUUGAUCCUUUUGUUUUCCAAGAAGCACCAGAUACCCCUAUAUUCUUCACCUUUGGCUCGUACUGGCACGACAUUUUCCAAGUCGAGCUCUUUCCCGACGACGACAUAAUAGCAUUUGGGGACUGGGCCCAUCAGAAUGGACGCAUCACCAACAUUGUACGAAAUACCACACAGCACGCGCUGGUAGUUGAAGGCGCGACCAUGUACAAGGAAAAGGAAUAUUACUACUUAUUCUUCAGUGUUGGUCACUGUUGCCGCACACCAGAGGGAGGCCUCGCUUCCGACGACGAGGUUUACCAUGUUGUCGUGUGCCGCUCAGAGACGCCCAAGGGUCCAUUUUAUGAUCGCGACGGCAGGAGCUGUUUAGAGGCGAGCGGUGGGACGACGAUUCUGGCCAGCCACGGAGAUGUAUAUGCACCGGGCGGGCAAGGCGUCAUGAUGGACCCGGAGAAUGGGAGGACCGUCAUGUAUUAUCACUAUGUUCGUCCAAGCGUUGGCUACGGGGCUGAGGACUUCUUCUUUGGCUACAACUAUCUCGACUGGGAAGAUGGGUGGCCUGUGGUAGUGGUUGCCUGA